GCAUCAUCACAUACAUUCAAAAUGGGAAAGGAGAAGCUUCACGUUAACGUCGUCGUCAUCGGCCAUGUCGACUCCGGCAAGUCGACAACCACCGGCCACUUGAUUUACAAGUGCGGUGGUAUUGACAAGCGUACCAUCGAGAAGUUCGAGAAGGAGGCUGCCGAGUUGGGCAAGGGCUCAUUCAAGUACGCGUGGGUUCUUGACAAGCUCAAGGCCGAGCGUGAGCGUGGUAUCACCAUCGACAUUGCUCUCUGGAAGUUCGAGACUCCGAAGUACAUGGUCACGGUCAUUGACGCCCCUGGCCACCGUGACUUCAUCAAGAACAUGAUCACUGGUACCUCGCAGGCCGACUGCGCUAUUCUUAUCAUUGCCGGUGGUACUGGUGAAUUCGAGGCUGGUAUUUCCAAGGACGGCCAGACCCGUGAGCACGCCUUGCUCUCCUUCACUCUCGGUGUCCGUCAGCUCAUCGUCGCUGUCAACAAGAUGGACACCACCAAGUGGAGCGAGGACCGCUUCAACGAAAUCGUCAAGGAGACUAGCAACUUCAUCAAGAAGGUCGGCUACAACCCUAAGCAGGUCGCCUUUGUCCCCAUCUCGGGCUGGCACGGAGACAACAUGAUCGAGUCGACCGCUAACAUGCCCUGGUACAAGGGUUGGGAGAAGGAGACCAAAGCCGGCAAAGCCACCGGCAAGACCUUGCUUGAGGCCAUCGACGCCAUCGAGCCUCCCUCGCGCCCGACCGACAAGCCCCUGCGUCUUCCUCUCCAGGAUGUCUACAAGAUUGGUGGUAUCGGAACGGUGCCUGUCGGUCGUGUCGAGACUGGUGUCAUCAGGCCUGGUAUGAUUGUAAACUUUGCUCCGGCCAACGUCACCACUGAAGUCAAGUCGGUCGAAAUGCACCACGAGUCUCUGCCUGAGGGUCUCCCUGGUGACAACGUCGGAUUCAACGUCAAGAACGUCUCUGUCAAGGACAUUCGUCGUGGCAACGUUGCCUCCGACUCCAAGAACGACCCUGCCAUGGAGGCCGCCUCCUUCAACGCUCAGGUCAUUGUCAUGAACCACCCUGGUCAAAUCGGCGCCGGCUACGCGCCAGUUCUUGACUGCCACACCGCACACAUUGCCUGCAAGUUCGACACGCUCUUGCAGAAGAUCGACCGUCGUUCGGGUAAGGCUACCGAGGAGAGCCCCAAGUUCAUCAAGUCUGGUGACGCCGCCAUGGUCAAGAUGAUUCCCUCGAAGCCCAUGUGCGUCGAGGCUUUCAACGAGUACCCUCCCCUUGGUCGUUUCGCUGUCCGUGACAUGCGUCAAACCGUUGCUGUCGGUGUCAUCAAGGCAGUUGAAAAGACGACUGGCAAGUCGGGCAAGACGACCAAGUCUGCCGAAAAGGCUGGCAAGAAGAAGUAAGCUCUUCGGUCUAUGCCUCAUCUCUUGGCGCUAGCGCUUGUACAUCCUCCGCCCGAGAACACGCCUCGGAGUGUGCGUGUAAGAUGACUGUCAGCUCAUCUCCAUCGUUGUUUAGCUCAAACAUUGUAUUGAGAUUGGCAAGCAAUCAUUCUUAAUUGUCAUUCGCGUCUGCACGCAUGAUUUUGAACGCCACCAUGGCUCAAAUGUUU